CCACAUUCCUCUCUCUCUCUGUGUCUCUCUCCUACCUGUUUCCUUUUCUUCCUCUAAAUAAGCCUAACCUUACCUUCUCUGAAAAGUGAAAACCACCAAUCCUUAUAGCCAAACCUACCACAUUCCUCUCUCUCUCUGUGUCUCUCUCCUACCUGUUUCCUUUUCUUCCUCUAAAUAAGCCUAACCUUACCUUCUCUGAAAAGUGAAAACCACCAAUCCUUAUAGCCAAACCUAACCCACCAAUCUCUCUCUCUCUCUCUCUCUCUCUCUCUCAUUCCAAACGGAAAGCGAUACGUAAACACCAAAUGGCAACAAACCCUAACGCCGAUAUGGACGAGCUCAAAGAGGUGUUUAACAAGUUCGACGCCAACGGCGACGGCAAGAUCUCCUUCACGGAGCUCGUCGACGUCAUGAAGGCCCUCGGCUCCGGCUCCUCCACGGACGACGACGUGAAGAAAAUGAUGGACGAGAUCGACACGGACCGGGACGGGUUCAUCAGCCUCGACGAGUUCGCGGACUUCUGGAGCAAGGGAUCCGCCACCGCCUUCGGAUCCGGCGCGGCCUCCGCGGAGCUCAAGGAGGCGUUCGAGCUCUACGACCAGGACAAGAACGGGCUCAUCUCCGCCGCCGAGCUGCACCAGAUCCUGACCCGGCUCGGAGAGAAGUGCUCCGUUGAGGAUUGCGGGAGGAUGAUCAAGUCGGUUGACUCGGACGGAGACGGGUACGUCAGCUUUGACGAGUUUAAGAAAAUGAUGGGCGGCGGCGGCGGAGGUGACGCUUUGUCGAAGUGAUACGACGAAGGAUAACGAUUUUUGCCCACGAUUUUCUUAUAAUUACAUUUUAAAAUUUGUCAUUUAGUGAUUAAUACUUCUUCCAUCCCAAAUUGCUCGUUCUAGGAGACCAUACAUUUCGCACGCAAAGAACAAUGUACUUAUGAGAUUGUUCUUUUGAAAAAAAAAAUCCCAUUUUUGUGGGGGGAAAUCAUGUUGCUAAUACAUUAUUUUUGGCUUGCGAAACUUAGAAAGGUUGAGCAAUUUGGGACGGAGGAUGUGCGCAAUAUUAACACUGAAUUACAAAUUUUAAAGUGUAUGUUAUAAAAAAAAUGGAUGUGCAAAAAUUGUUUUCUUCUGAGAAAUUAACGCUAAUAAAAAAAAAUUAACGGUAAUGUUGGGAUCACGCAUGGUAUAAUGAUAUAUGUGCGUAUACAGGGCAUCGUUUUCUCUUCACUAAUCUCUUAAAUCCUGUUAGGGAAGGCAUCUAAUUAAUUAGCUUUCCCUUUAUGUUAGAUUGGUGUUAAUAUGUCUGAUCCUUGAUGAUGGAAAUGUGCUGAAUUUGGAUUAUAUCAUUCACAAUAUAUUACUUCUUUGACUUGUA